UUCUUGGUGGGCUACGGAUAGUUAUACCAUUGCGGUGGUGGGAUUGACGGAGUAAAUUGAAGUUUAUAACUUGAAUCAUUUAAAUUUAUUGAUUUUAUAUUUUUUUAAUGCUAAUGUUGACAAAUGGAGGCUAAAUUUGUCAUUUGGCUUGAAUUCACCGACCGAACCCUUGAGGGUGAUUUACAUUGAUACGAUAUUAUAUGGCAGCGACUAGCUUAUAGGCCAGUGGAAGUAAAAAGUACGGUAACUUCGGCGGCUGGAAAAAAAGAAGAUAAGAAUCAACGGAUGACAGCGAAAUGAUAUGCUGUUAUCAGAUUGGAUUGGGAGGAAUAGUUUCAAUUGCAAAAUCCUUUGUUUUCAGAGCAGAGCUUCCCAUGGCUUCUGGUCUUUCUUCCGACCCUUCGAUCUCUCGUCGUGGAGCCCUCUCUCGCCGUCGUGACCUCGUUUUCGUCGUUAAUCCCCGAGGUGCUAAUGGAAGAACGGGUAAGGAAUGGAAAAAAUUGCUUCCAUAUCUUAGGUCUCGACUCGAUGCGGAUUGUAAUAUAUGUGAAUCUUUGACAUCAGGUCCUGCUCAUGCGAUUGACAUAACAAGGGAGGCUAUAAGGGAGGGUGCUGAUGCUGUAAUUGCAGUUGGAGGUGAUGGAACUCUUCAUGAGGUUAUUAACGGAUUCUUUUGGGCUGGAAAAACUGUAAGCAGUCACGAUAGAGAGUCUACUCAUUCAACUGCACUUGGUCUGAUCCCCCUAGGCACUGGAUCUGAUUUUGCAAGAACAUUUGGUUGGAAAAAUGAUCCUCAUGAAGCUGUUGAACGCAUAGUCAAAGGGAUGAGAUCACGGAUUGAUGUCGGAGUUAUUAGUGGAGAUAGUGGAGAGUCUCAUUACUUCUUAAAUGUUGCUGACAUUCAUUUGAGUGCAAAGGCAGGGUAUUAUGCUUCAAGAUAUAAGAGAUUUGGAAAAUUAUGCUAUGUAUUUGGUGCUUUGCAAGCUUUUAUGGGGCACAAAAACCAGGACCUUAAAAUCAAGGUCAAUGAUGGUGAGUGGCAAGAGUAUUCUCAAGUGACUGCCCUUUGCAUUGGAAAUGCAAAAUACUUUGGUGGUGGCAUGAAAAUUACCCCAAAUGCUGACCCUCGAAAUGGGAACUUUGAGGUUGUAAUUCUUCAGGACUUCAAGUGGUAUGACUUUAUUCUGAAGUUGCAUAAACUGUACAGUGGGACACAUUUAUCCGUAAAAAAUGUGACGUCAAGAAGUGUACAUUCUAUUGAAGUGGAGGACAUUUCGGGCAGUGGCAGCAUUUUUGUUCAAUCUGAUGGAGAGCAUUUAGGAUUCCUCCCCAGGAAGUUCUGUAUUUUACCUGCUGCAAUUGAGAUGAUAUACUAAGUGCAGAUAAUCAUGGCGAUAGCACCUCAAGGGGAUUAUGAUUAUUAGUUAUAUGGUGGAGGUCCAUUUUGACCACUUCAACCUCUACAGAUUUUGUGUAACAAUAAACAAAUUCUAAUAUGACCUUUCCAAAUCAAGUAACUUUAGAUUCAUUACUUUGUUAAAUUGAUUUUAGUUUAUCACAUUUUGCCUAAGGUCACUUGUAAUAACAACUUGUCUCUUAUGUCCCCUGUUUUGUUAGUUUUGACAUCAUCUAAUUAUUAAGCUUUAGGGGAAAUUUUGCUA